AUGCUCUUUGAAGGUUUUUUAGUUGAAGUUUCUCAGAAGUUAUCAUUAGUUUUAGAAAAUAAUGAGGAUGCUGUUUUUAAUGUAUUAGUUACUAAUUAUGUUCUUGGUCAAGAGUGGAAUUUUAUAAUUAAGACUGAUAAUGUCCCUUUUAAAUGUAUUAGAGUUGAAUCUUGUGAUGAAUCUGUGAAUAAAAUUAAAAAUAUUGAUAAAUGUAAUAUCAAAUUUGAUAAGUCUAACAGUUCAGAUGAAGCUGAUCAAGAUAAUAUGUUAAGUAAUUUAUUAAAAAAAAGUAAUUUUCAAAAGAAUAAGAAGGGUAAGGAGUCCACCAGUAGUUUUUUAUAUAAUGCUUUAAGAUCUUCUAAGUCAAGUAUAAAUUUUAUUAAUAGUGAACAGUAG